AUGAUGGCACCAAGAUCUGCACAACCCAGUCAUGCUGCUGCUGCUGCUGCUGAUGCCGCAUCUCAAGGCGUCACAAAAACCCUAAGCCACUGGAUCCAUUCCGUCACGCUGGACGACGUCCCCGAAGACGUACGCACUCGCGCAAAAUACCUCAUUCUCGACGGUCUGGGCUGUGCAAUCGUUGGCGCCCAUCUCCCCUGGACGGAGACGGCCGCGCGGGCGAUCUUCGACUUGGAGCCGCAGGGGAACUGCUGGGUUUGGGGGUGGCAGAGGAAACUGGGUCCUUUGGCUGCGGCCCUGCUGAACAGUACCUCCGUCCAGGCGUUUGAGCUGGAUGACUACCACUCCGAAGCGCCCGUACACUCUAAUUCCAUUCUUCUCCCUGCCCUGUUUGCGGCUGCGCGGCAGACGAAUAAGACGACGACAUGCGACGGCGCGUCUUUCCUGCUCGCUACGAUCGUGGGCUAUGAAACCGGACCGCGAGUCGGGCUGGCCCUGCACGGCGGACACAUGCUCUCGCGGGGGUGGCAUUCCGGCGUCGUCUUCGGCCACGCCGCUGCGGCUGCGGCGGUCAGCAAGCUGCUGAAUCUGACCGAGGGCGCCAUCGAGGACGCGCUGGGGAUCGCCUGCACGCAGGCCUGCGGGCUCAUGUCCGCGCAGUUCGGCAGCGACGUGAAGCGCAUGCAGCACGGGUUCGCCGCGCGCAACGGGCUCUUCGCGGCGCUGAUGGCGCGGGCGAACUACGGCGGGAUCAAGCGGGUUUUUGAAGAACCGUACGGCGGGUUCCUGGCCGUCUUCGGACAGGGAUCGGGCAUGAAUCCGCCGUAUCGAACGGAUGAGGUGGCCAAGCAGCUAGGCGAGAAGUGGCAGCUGCAGACGAUCCGGGUCAAGCCGUAUGCGUCGAUGGCGGGCACGCACUGCACGAUCGACUGCGUCCGCGAGCUGCAGAGGAAGCAUCCCGAGCAGAUGCGGCAGGUGGAACGCAUCCGCGGCAUCAAGAUCGAGAUGUCCGAGGCGGCCUUCAAGCAUGGAGGCUGGAAGCCCCGGCGCCCGCUGACCGCAACCGGCGCGCAGAUGAGCGCGGCGUACGUUGCGGCCGUCCAGCUGGUCGACGGCCAGGUGCUGCCGUCGGAAUUCCGUCCCAGCUUGCUGGACAGGGAUAGCCUGUGGUCGCUGAUCGACAAGACGGAAUGCGUCCACGCGGAGGAGAUGGACCCGGGCUAUGCGCAGCGGGUGACAAUCACGUUUGAGCAGCAGCAGGAGCAGCAGCAGGGAACACUGACACAAACGCUGCAAGCACCAAAGGGCGUGAGUCCGGCGCUGACCAACGAGGAGAUCCUCGACAAGUGGCGGCGGUUCACGGAAGGACUGAUUGAGGACAGGAGGAGAGACGAGAUUGAGGCUCUGGUGCUGAACCUGGAAAAGCUGGACGAUGUCAGUGUGCUGGAGGACUUGCUGGCUGGGGAGACGUUGAAUCCAAUUGCCUAG